UAGAGUGUAGCAUCUCUCAUUUCUGUGUAGAGUGGGUUGCAGGAGGAUACAUACGGCCAUCUCCGAUUGGUCAGUCCACACAAUGUUGCCGCUCACGCCCCUCAACUCAAACUUCUCCCUCCGCCCAUCUCCGCCACAAGUCGCUCUCAACCGCCUCCGGAGCACCCACUUCCCGCCCUCAGCGCGCCGGAGCUUGCAGGUCCAAGCGACUGUCGGCGGUGGAGACCAGAGCCAGACGAUGACGACGACUUCGUUGGACAGUAAAGAGAUGAAGGAGAAGAAGGGGCCAAUGGAGCCUAGUUCCAGCGUUGACGAAGGGAUAAACGUGAGAGCGGUGGUGACAAUAAAGAAGAAGAUGAAGGAGAAGAUCGGUGAAAAGCUUGGGGAUCAGUGGGAGUACUUGGUCAACGGCGUUGGUCAAGGCAUCAAGAUUCAACUCAUUAGCCACGACAUCGACCCUGUUACUAAUUCUGGGAAAAGCGUGCAAACCUACGUGAAAGGGUGGAUACCGAAACCGUCGAACGUGUCUUACAUUGUGGAGUACACUGCUGAUUUCAGCGUCCCAAGUGGCUUUGGAUGCCCGGGUGCAGUUCUCAUCACUAAUCUUCACGGGAAAGAGUUCUUCCUUGUGGAGAUCAUCGUUCAUGGCUUCAGUGGAGGACCCGUUUUCUUCCCAGCAAACACCUGGAUUCAUUCCCGAAAUGACAACCCUGAAAGCAGAAUCAUAUUCAAUAACCAAGCAUACUUACCGUCACAAACACCAGCUGGUAUCAAAGAUCUUCGCCAUGAGGAUUUGCUAAGCGUAAGGGGUAACCAGCACGGGAUAAGAAAGCAGCAUGAAAGAAUCUAUGAUUAUGAUACGUAUAAUGACUUGGGCAACCCUGAUAAGGACGAGGAGCUUGCGCGGCCUGUCCUUGGGGGUCACGAGAGGCCUUAUCCUCGUCGUUGUAGAACUGGCAGACCUCCCACUCUCUCUGAUCCACUGUCUGAGAGUAGAAUUGAGAAGCCUCAUCCGGUUUAUGUACCUCGGGAUGAAACUUUUGAGGAGAUCAAGCAGAACACCUUCUCCGCUGGGAGGUUGAAAGCUCUGUUCCACAAUCUAUUGCCCUCACUUGCCGCCUCAUUGUCGAGUUCAGACAUUCCUUUCAAGUGCUUCUCCGACAUUGACAAGCUUUAUAUUGAGGGUGUUCUGUUGAGAGAUGAAGAGAGCAAAGGGGUAGUGGAAAAUCUCCUAGUUGGCAAGAUGAUGAAACAGGUCCUGAGUGCUGGAGAGAGUUUGUUGAAAUAUGAAAUUCCUGCUGUUAUAAAAGGGGAUAAAUUUUCUUGGUUGCGGGACAACGAAUUUGCAAGACAGACCUUAGCAGGGGUCAAUCCAGUGAAUAUUGAGCUGUUGAAGGAAUUCCCCAUCCGCAGCAAUCUGGAUCCUGCCCUCUAUGGGCCUCCUGAAUCUGCAAUAACAAAGGAACUUCUAGAGCAAGAACUUAGUGGAAUGAGCUUGGAACAGGCUAUUGAGGAAAAGAGACUGUUUAUCCUUGAUUACCAUGACAUGCUCUUGCCCUUCAUCAAGAAGAUGAACUCUUUACCUGGGAGGAAAGCUUAUGCCUCUCGGACAAUUCUCUUCUAUACAAAGGCUGGCAUUCUUCGUCCUAUAGCAAUUGAGCUUUCACUUCCUAAAAUGCACUCCUCCCCACAAAACAAAAGAGUUUACACCCAAGGACAUGAUGCCACAACACACUGGAUUUGGAAGUUGGCAAAAGCUCAUGUCAGCUCAAAUGAUGCUGGCGUCCACCAACUAGUAAAUCAUUGGUUGAGGACUCAUGCAUGCAUGGAGCCAUAUAUUAUUGCAACUCAUAGACAGCUAAGCUCCAUGCAUCCAAUUUACAAGCUGUUACAUCCUCAUAUGCGCUACACAUUAGAAAUUAAUGCGCUUGCUCGGCAAAAUCUGAUAAACGGAGGUGGUAUUAUUGAAGCUUCUUUCAGUCCAGGAAAGUAUGCCAUGGAACUUAGUUCAGCAGCUUACAAGAACCUGUGGCGAUUUGAUAUGGAGUCACUGCCAGCAGAUCUUAUUCGGAGGGGCAUGGCAGUAGAAGACCCUUCAAUGCCCUGUGGUGUAAAACUCGUGAUUGAAGACUACCCUUAUGCUGCAGAUGGACUCUUGAUAUGGUCCGCCAUAAAAGAAUGGGUAGAAUCUUAUGUUGGGCACUUCUACUCUGAUUCAAAUUCAGUCACAUCUGAUGUUGAACUCCAAGCAUGGUGGAGUGAAAUCAAGUUAAAGGGUCACUGUGACAAAAAAAAUGAACCCUGGUGGCCUAAACUCGAUACCCAACAGGACCUAUCUGGUAUACUUACAACAAUGAUAUGGGUCGCUUCAGGCCAACAUGCAGCAAUUAAUUUUGGACAAUACCCCUUUGGAGGAUACGUUCCUAACCGACCUACCCUAAUGAGAAAACUGAUCCCACAGGAGAACGAUCCUGAAUUUGAGAAGUUUAUUCAAAAUCCUCAAAUUGUUUUCCUGUCAUCACUGCCUACUCAACUUCAAGCUACCAAAGUAAUGGCUGUUCAGGACACACUUUCAACUCAUUCCCCUGAUGAAGAGUAUUUGGGUCAGCUUAACCCUCUGCACAAUCACUGGAUCAAUGAUCAUGAAAUCCUCGAAUUGUUUAAUAAAUUCUCUGCUAAACUGGAGGAAAUUGAGGAAAUAAUAAAUGCAAGAAACAAAGACACCCGUUUGAGAAACAGAAGUGGUGCAGGUGUCCCUCCCUAUGAACUCUUGCUCCGCUCAUCUGGACCCGGAGUUACAGGUCGUGGAAUUCCCAAUAGCAUAUCUAUAUGAUCAUUAUUCACACUGUAUUAGUGAAAGUCAUAUUUAUUCACCCUAAACUCCAACUUAUACCAUUAAAAAUAAAAGACAGUUUUUGUAAUUA